AUGGCGGACGAGCUACAACCAUUACUGAUAGCCGACUUGGAUGCUAUUAUUGAUUCUGAAAGCGAAGAUGAGGAUGACGAUGUUGAUGAAGAGGAAGAAAUUGAAGUGGAUAUCAACACAGAUGAGGCAGGUGCAACCAGUGCAAAUGGAGCCACAGCCCGAAUACAAAUCAACACCACAUUUGAUAAAUCCCUUCCAGUUGCUCAUUCAUAUUUAGGUGAAGAUCUUGAAGAUGUACGUGGACGUACAAUUCAUGAUGAUGAGGCUUGCAUCACUCUUCCAAUUAUCACAUUGCCGAGUGUCAUUCUCGUGCCAGGGCAGACAAUUCCAUUACAUCUAUUCCAAUCACACACAGUUGCCAUGAUGAAGAACCUUCUGGACAAGGACAAGACAUUUGGAGUCAUCACUACCAGUUACUCUCCUGAUGAUAACUCCUCAUCAAUGGCCAGUAUUGGUACCACAGCUGAAAUCUACUCCAUCAAAGAUGAGACAGAUGAACGGUCAGGUAUUGCCACUGUUCGCAUGAAGGCUAGAGGUCGUCAGAGGUUUCGAGUUAUUGAAUUUCACAGGCAGACUCAUGGGAUAUUAAUGGCUAAAGUUCGCAUAUUACCUGAAAGAGUUUUACCUGACCAUUUAGAAGGAGCUCGACCACAAAGCCAUUACAGAUUCUGUUGUUGUCCAGCCCAACAGGAAUUUGUGAAGACAGCCAUGGACAGUCAGGGACAUGUGCUGGCUAGCAUCAAUAUGCUCAAAAAAAGACAGCUGAAUAAAUUUACAUCAUCCUAUUUUACUCAAUGGCCACCAUGGGUAUACAAGAUGUAUGAUACUGAACAUUUAAUUAAUCGCAUCCGCAAUGAACUGUGCAGUUGGAAUGAUACUCUAAAGAAAGAUUCCAAUGAUCUGGAUCCAAUUGACUUUUCAUAUUGGGUUCUACAGAAUUUGCCACUUGAUGACAGUCGUCGCAUCCACUUGCUCAGUAUUGACAGUGCAGUGCAGAGAUUACGCUGUGAGCUUAGUAUUAUGCAGAGUUGCUCAAUUUUAUGUUGUCGAGAGUGUGACUUGGAAGUGGCAAACAAGAAUGAUGUUUUCAGCAUGUCCCUUGAAGGUCCAUUGGCUGCCUAUGUCAACCCAGGAGGAUAUGUGCAUGAGACUAUCACUGUGUAUAAAGCUAAGGGCCUUACCCUCAUGGGGGACCCUUCAACAGAGAACAGCUGGUUUCCAGGGUAUGCUUGGACCAUAAUUAAAUGUAGUCGAUGUGGCGCUCACAUGGGUUGGCGUUUUACUGCAGCUAAACGAAAAUUGUCUCCUCAGAAAUUUUGGGGUUUGUGUCGUGCCUCCUUGAUCCCUGGAAUCAACAACACUGAUGUCUUAGUGUUAUGA